AUGAUUUCAAGUCUUAUUAGGACAAUCUUGUUUGUUGCAGUAAUGUCCAAACUUGGCACAGCUGUGGAUGCAGAACCAAUGCCAUCUGGUGUGAUUCUACAGAAUAUGAGAGAAAAUUUACCCAGAGUGUGCCAUGCACUGGCUUUUCUGGGAAUGACAAGGUGCCAGGAUUUGUUUUUGGUUCACUUGCAGGGGUGGAAACUUGGAACUAGGUUCCAAGAUGGUCCCUGCAACUCCCCACAAGAGGAAGGAGGAAGCCCAAAGGGACAACAGGGCAUGCCAGUUUGAAUCUACUUCCUUUUACAGAGCUCUCUCAGCAGUCCAAUAACUUUUGCUUUCAUUUCAUUGGCCAGAACUGAGUCAUUGGCUACUGCUGCCUGCAAGAUUGCCUGAAAAAUACAGUUUUUGUAACUGGACAUACAACUGCCUUCAGCAAAAAUCCACGUUCUCUUGAUAAGAAAGGAGAUGGUGGUGGCUCUUGGAUGAACAACUAGCAGUUGAUUCCCUAGCUACAAAAUACAGUUAGACAGGAAUAUACAUGGUUGAAAAGAUCAAAACUGUAGUACCUUCACAACUGGCAAAACUCCAAGUAACACUGCUACCCUCUGACAGAGCAAGCAGAGUGAAGACAUGUCAGGUUUUCUCACAAAACAGUUGAUAGAACUGACCUUCUCUCUCAGUCUAUAUGAGGACCCGGGGGACCUGCCUAUCCUGUUGGUGGUUAUCAUCUCUUUAAAAAGGUUUGGUCUAGGAUAAAGAAUGUUCUACUUUGCUGCUUCCUCAUCUCAAUCACUUUUCCCUAAUUUUCCUGUUAAUUAGAUGUAGGUGGAAUCUAGAUUUGUGUAUUUGAUCCCUGUAAAAAGAUCAUCACUUUUAUGCACGGGGGAGGGUAAUCUAUGCAAAGAAAGGCUACCUUUCUCCUUUCUGUGACUCCACCACCAAUCUAGGAAUAUCCUGGGAGAAUUGCCUCUCAAAACUGCUUCUGUAAGCAGCCUACAUCCUGGCUAAGCAAAGGGAGAAGAAACACUUCCCACAUCCAGGGCUGUCCAAAAGAACUUUCUGUGAUGACAGAAAUGUUCUAUAUCUGCAGAGUCCAAUAUGGUAACCACUAGCCCCAUGUGGCUAGUGAACACUUAAAACGUGGCUAUUGUGACUGAGGAAGUAAAAUUUAAAUUUUAUUUUACUGUAAUUAAUUUUAAAUUAAAUAGCCACAUGGGGCUAAUAGCUAUUGCACUGGAUAACACAGUACACAUUCUUCUCUUGUGCUUUAGAAUCAGUUGGAAAGGUGUGGGCCAGUCAUGAGCUUGGUGUCCCAUGGUCUUCACUAUCUUCACUAUUCUACCUUACCAUUGAACUUGUCUCCCAGAGAAAGAGGAAAAAUAGCAUUUUGGAAAGAUGUGAACUUGACAUCUGUACAUUACACAUAUUCCUGUGUAGUAUAUGGAAUGGUCUACUGGGAAUAGAUCCUGUGAUUGACUUUAGUAAUAACUGAUAAUAGAAAAUUGGCAGUGCUGGUCCACUUAACCUUUCUAGUGACUAUUUUGUGUUCCUAGUCAGAGUGAUUCAGCAGAGAUUAUUUUGUUCUAUUGUGUAAUCUAUUAUGUGUUACUUUAUUUUUGUAAUAUUGUGGCAGCUAAAUGAUUAUUCUGUGUAUGUUUUUCAAAAGACUUAGUGGUCUAUAUUUUUAAAAGGCUGUGAAAUAAAGAUAAAAUAUAUGUAA